CUCCACUUUUAAACCUGCACAUUUGGAAGAUGAAGAAGAUUGUCAAUCACAUAUCAAUUAGAAAAACUCGAGAUGAAGCAGAACCGCCCAGUACGGAUAGCAGGAGCAUCAGGCAGUGCCUCCGACCGCCGCCAUGCAAUCGCUGCGUUCGCAGCAAACUACCCCUCUGAUCCAGUGGACGUGAUAAUCGGCGAUUGGCUAUCCGAAGCCAACAUGGCUGCCCUAGCCUAUAAAUCCCAGCUACCAAACGAAAUACUCUACGAGAAAACCUUCCUCGAAGCUCUGUCUCCGGCUCUGCCGGACAUUGCUAAGUAUGGAAUUAAAAUAGCAGUCAACGCCGGAGGUAGUGAUACAAAAGGAUUAGCCGAUGUCGUGAAGAAGCUGCUGAAAGAGAAAGGAUUAGGAGAUAAGUUAAAAGUCGCCUGGAUCGAAGGAGACGAUGUUCUUGAAGUCAUCAAAGAAAAGCUACAAGCUAGCGAGAAGAAGAAACAGAGCAAAUGGCAACAGAUCCGCAACGCACCAAUGGGCAAAAUGAGAGACGGAAUGAGUAUCUUCGACGCUUGGAUGGAAGGCGAAGACGUUUCCGCCGAAGUGAAAUCCGUUCUCUCUCGCCGAGACCCAGAUUUUUGGAAUAUCUGCACAGGGGAAAAGCUGCAAGAUUGGGUAUUCAAGGAUCAGAUACUGGCAGCGCAAGCUUAUCUUGGUGGCUUGGGUAUCGCUCGUGCUUUUCGGGAAGGAGCAGAUAUCGUGCUCUGUGGCCGAGUGUCGGAUGCUAGUCCCGUGAUCGGAGCAGCGUCGUGGUGGCAUAAUUGGUCCCGAGAGGAGAAUUUGGAGGAGUUGGCGAACGCUUUGGUAGCGGGACAUCUAAUCGAAUGCUCGAAUUAUGUUUGUGGAGGGAAUUUUUCUGGGUUCAAGGCUUUGGAGCCGACUGGGUGGGUGGAUAUUGGGUAUCCGAUUGCAGAAAUUGGGAAAAGAGGGGAUAUGAUUAUCACAAAACAGAAGGGAACAGGUGGAUGUGUUAGUGUCGAUACCUGCAAAGCUCAACUGUUAUACGAGAUCCAAGGACCAUGGUACUUCAACAGCGACGUUACUGCUGUGAUUGACCAGAUUGCAUUUGAACACUUGAGCUUAGAUCGUGUCAAAGUCUCCGGAAUCAAAGCACUGCCUCCUCCCCCAACUACAAAAGUGGGUAUCACCGCGGAUGGUGGGUUUCAAGCUGAGGUCCAUUGGUUCUUGGUCGGGCUUGACAUCAAAGACAAAGCCAGGAUGUUAGAGUCGCAGAUCCGCCAUGCUCUCGGCGACACCUCAAGAUUCCACGUCCUGAAAUUCACGCUCAAUGGUACAGCUGCAGAGAACCCAACAGACCAGAAUUCGGCAACAGUCGAUUUCAGAAUCUUUGCACAAGCGAAAAACGCAAAUGAAGUUGCUCCUGACAAUUUUCUGAGGCCGAUAAUCGAUUUGAUAAUGUGUAGCUACCCCGGUGCGACUUUCCACCUUGACUUCCGCCAAGGAAUACCGAAGCCUAUCCAGGAGUACUUUGUGACGCUUCUCCCCCAAGCCAAUGUUCAGCACGUGGUUCACAUGCAUGAUGGACGAGAUCUGAAGAUCGAGUAUCCCAAGCGCAGCAAGACAUUUCCUCAAAAUCAGCCAAGCCAGGACAUAUCGUUGGUUUCGUCGAAAGAUUUUGGUGAGACGAUCCGAGGUCCCCUUGGUUGGUUGGUUCAUGCCAGAUCUGGUGACAAAGGUUCAAAUGCGAACGUUGGUUUUUGGGUCAGACAUCAAGACGAGUAUGAUUGGAUGAGAAUUUUGUUGAGUACCGAGAAGAUGAAAGCAUUGCUCGCCGAUGAAUAUAAUGGGAAGAACAUUGUACGUUGCUUCCAUCUAGACCGUUUCGAGCUACCAAACAUCUUAGCCGUUCAUUUUCUCCUCCAUGACCACCUUGAACGAGGUGUCAGCUGGUCGAGCACGUAUGAUUUCUUGGCGAAGAAUGUUGCCGAGUUCCUUCGAUGUCGACACGUUGAUUUGCCAAAACGAUUUCUCAAUCGAGGAAAGCUUUAA